UUCUUUCCUUUGGCUGUGUGUAUAUAACUACUUCAGGGCUCUUUCCUGAUGUGCAAGCCCACCAUCUCUUCACCCUUAUGAUGGAGGAGUCAAUCCAUUCUUCUUUGAACAGGUCUCUCAGCUCCAAGGAAGGGGCACCCUCUUCUGAGGAAAGUGGUUGGACCAUGUAUUUUGAGGACUUCCUGGCAUCAGAGAAGAGGGAAGAAGAUGGUUGCUCUUUUAGCAUGGGGGGAGGGUCUUCCGUCAUAUCUGAUGCUGCUUCAUGUGCUGCAUGGAAGCCUUUGGCCGGCACCGAGGCCACGAAGAGCUGCAAGAAGCUCAGAUUUAAGAAGAGGAAGGCCGGUGGUACCUUGGAUGAUGAUCCUUUGGAAGAUACUGCCAGCUCUCCGGUUAAUAGUCCCAAGGUUAGUUAUUUGAAUCACUCGGAUGUGCAACCAAGGGAAAAAGCUGAUGAUCAUAAUAAGGGGAUUCCUCAGGAAGAAGCUGUUGGUUGUGGGAAUGGCUUGGAGAUCAAAAGUAAUAUUGUAAAUGAUUUGGGUUUUGUUGAGGGGACCAAUGAAUGUACAGAGCUGAAGAAAAGAGGGCUUUGCCUCGUUCCUUUGUCCAUCCAGUGGCAUGAUAUUGAACCCUCAACUUGAGAAUCCCCUAUUUAAUAAGCAAAAGGUGCAAAAGGGAGCCACAUGCUGGGAAGCAGUUAAGAAAAGAAACCAAAUGCCUAAAUGAAAAGGCCUGAAAGCUUAGUUUCUAUAGAAAUGACAAUGAGCAUCAUGUUGUCUCUUCAUGCUCCUCUUACAUUGUUUAUCACUGUAAUUCCGAUCCUUCUCCUACAUUUUUAUCUUUGUAAUCCUAGUGGACUGUAGCAGUAGUAUCUCUUUUGAUGUAAAUGUUGCACUAAAUGUUAUGCGUUCCUUGAGAGCCUGAUA